GUGUCUCUUCACUUGGCUAACUUAUCAUGAAAUGAAAAACGUAUGAAUCACAGUUGCUAACACACAAUAUAACGUUGCUCUAUUUUAUUUUCCUCUCUAGUAGCUCUUGCUUCAAUUUCUUCAAUUCAUCGGUGACUCUGAUCAAUCAAAAUAGACCUCUACAUAAUUUUUAUUCACAUAUCAUUCUUCCAUGUUAGAGGAAGACUUUGACAACGAUAUCGAUAGUGAUUAUGUUCAUCAUCACCAUCAUCAACACUCUCAAACACACAACUUGUCUCGGCUUUCUGUUUGUACCAGCAGUACUACGUACGACGUAGAUGAUGGUGAAGAGGAUGUUAAUGAUGCCAUGGCCAUGUUUGUCUCAGGCUUGUCCAUAGAAAGCUUCGACGCCGACGGCGAAUUCUCGGAAGAUCACGGCAAAGAGACCCAUGCAGGGUGUUCCUCUGGCUCUGAAACCGAGUUCGGUAGCUUUUACUCUUUACCGUUUCCUGUGGUACCAAUUCAUACACCAGUUGCAACCAAGGACUGUGAAAUUUACAAUGAUGAGGAGAAAACAAAGAAGAGGAGGAUGAGGAGAAGAAGAAAGGGUAGUAAGAGCAAGAACAAAGAUAAAGAGGAAGAUGAUGUGGUUCAUGAUCAAAGAGUGAAAGGUAGGAGCAGGUCACUGUGCAUGGACAUGGAGGAAGUGAAGCCUUGUACGGAUCUUGGGUUUGGAUUCCAGAUUCCCACUCGUCUUUCUUUUCCUGGUGAUGAUCCACGAGAAGUUAAGGCUCGGCUAAAAAUGUGGGCACACGCAGUAGCAGUCUCUGCAUCCAAAUACAGCACUUCAUUUUAGUGCAGAUUUUCUACUAUAUAGACAUUGAUUAACUGAGUAACCACCAAAUUGGACCGAUCAAAAUCCUCCAAAGUAAAGAGAUUUAUAAAGUAAGAAAGCAACUAUUUAAUCACCAUUAAGUUAAGAAAAUGAGACUCACAUAUAAUGGAAGUUAUAAAUUUAAUGGUAAUUAAUAUCUUAUUUUAUUCCUUUACCAAUUUUCUCACCGUAAACAUCCAAAUUCAAAUUGGACUAUCAAACUAUAACCCACACCACUAUUUAAAACUAUAAUGUUCAAUGAUACUCAAAAUUGCGUCUCAUUUAAGCUUCCAAUACAUGUAUAUAAAGUUUGUUCUUUCCACUAGGAAUCUCUAUUUGUUCUAAUUCCCUAUCCCCUUGGAGUGUUGUGUUUUGGUUGUAAGUAGAAGUGUGGAAGGUGGGAAUUUUGGAUGCAUAUUUCAAAGUGAAUUAUUGGUCACUGUAUUCUUCUACUACUGUCUAAUCAAUUUGCAAAAGAUAUUAUUGGUC